AUGCCCUCCCCGGUUUCAACAGAACCUCGAAUCUUACGGUUUCCCAGAUCUGAUGAGACUGGGGCUUUUGUACUCAUCCAUGUUUCAUGUACUGGCCCUGCGCCGUUGGAUCUGAGCUUGAUGGCUACUGAGGGGGAAUCGCCCUAUGUUGGCUUGGUGAAACAGACACGCCUGAAAGACCUUCAAGCGAAGAACUACCAAGGUUCGAAUGAUGAAUGGGUUAAAACUCUCUCUCUCAUUCUUGGUCAAUGUUCUGUUCCCCCCAAUGGAGCGGAUUGGGCUACUGGUCUCGAAGCUUCUGCCAAUAUUUCGGGUCCUGAUGAAGACAACAAGGAAAUUGUGAUCACGAUACGGAAGCGAGUGCAAACAAUCACACAACGCCUUGGUGCUUUUAUCCUCAAGCAAGAUGAUGAACAAGCUGUUGAGCUCUUUGAAUGGACGGGGAUUACUGCAGCCAGAGCUCAUAUGCUAGAACAACAGGUAUCCAGCCUAACAGGCCGUUAUCGCCUCGCCGAAGAUACCAUACAUAGGUUGAAUGAACAACUUGAGGAGCUUAUGCGUGCGAAAACCGAGCAUGAGAAUCGACUGGUGGCCAAUUUUGUACAGGUCUUGAAUGAGAAAAAGCUUAAAAUCCGUAACCAGCAACGUCUUCUGGUCUCGGCUACUGUGAAUCCCACCAAGGUCUCCGAAAUACAAGCUAGCAUCCCCGAGGAGCCACAUGGAAUCGCCGAGAAAUCGCAUUCAGCAAAGAGAAGCGCUUGCAAGAUGAGCGACACAGACGACUCUGAUGGGUUUGAACGGAUGGAUAUCGAUCCAAUGAAGACUGAUCCAGGUGCCUACAAUAAUCAAGAUAUUGAUGAUGAAGAGCGUUCGACCCCUGAACCUUUGGACGAGGAACAAAACAAUAGCACAACAGAUGAUUCGUCACAGGAUGAAUCUGCUCAGUUGAGGCGAGUCUCCCCAGCGAGAGACACCGCGCCGCCUCGGAGGGAUUUACCAUUUGCUAAAAGGACUGGGCCUAACAAGAAGACUGUUUCAGCCCCUUCCAGCAAAGAUGCUGAAGGAACCGCGGGAGAGACGGAUGAUGAUGAACUCUAA